UGCUUCCUACUGUACGCCACCACAGUACAGGAACAGCUGACCACAUCCAACUGGAACCAUGCAGUCUGCCGACGCCAAAUUCAACAAAAAAAGCCUUCUCCUGGCUCUGAGGCGAUACAGCUCAGCCAUCAGUGACAUGGAGCAGACCAUUCUCCUGCCAAGCCUGCUGCGAGACGUGCCCUCUGAUGAGGUGUGGGACAGUGAAGCAGCAGAGGAGUCAUGUGAAGACUUGUAUGGAAACUACCUGAUGCUCAAAGCCAUAAGAAACACAGUGGAGAGUGGCCUGAUUCCCCUGGAUGACCACAAGACAAAGAACACCACAGUGCUCAACAACACCCUAGAGCCUCUUCUGAACACAGAUCCUGAAGCCCUCUUCCGCUUCCACCUGAGAGGGCUGUUUUCUGUGAUGAGCGAACUGACCAAGAAGACUCGGAGCCUUACUGAUAAAUAUAUGGACAUCAUUGGAGCAGCAAAUUAGAAAACAGUGUUAACAUAUAUGGACAUCAAGCAAAAGAUCGGGUGUUCAUAAAAGUGUGGUAUAUGUAGCAAAGUCACCUGAACGUCUCAAAUGUCUGAAAUGUUUACAUUCAGUGACCCCAUGUUUCUAACACUGCAAAUAUGGAUUA